AUGUUACAGCCACGGUUAUCUGUCGCCCGGCCCUGCAUCGACAGCCUCACCACCUCCCUCUCCUUCAUCUCGCUCCGCAACUGCAAAGCAAUUCAAGUUCGACACGCUUCGCACGCCGCGCAAGGCCGCGCCAACGGUCCCACGGAUUCCGCUGGUCGCCGUCUAGGUUCCAAAAAGUCCAAUACGGAGCACGUCGUGCCGGGAAAUAUCAUCUUCAAGCAACGCGGUUCAAAAUGGCAUCCAGGCGAGAAUGUCGGCAUGGGUCGAGACCACACCAUCUAUGCCUUGGAAGAAGGAUAUGUACGAUACUACCGUAACCCACGUCUGCACCCUACAAGAAAAUACAUCGGUGUGGCAUUGGCCAAGGAGGGCAGAGCCAGCGUGCUUCCUACACCUCCAAAUGCACCGACACGGCGGCGAGUGGGCAUGAUGGCGGUGCCAAUGAGAGCGCCAGCAAGCCAGCAAGCCGCAGAAGACUUCCUGGAGGCGCAUGUCACGGGCAAUUCCAAGCCCACUGGUGGCAAAGGAAAAGGUCUGAAGCCUAGCCCAGCGACACCAACGGAUCCGCCGAUAAUGCGGACCAAUGGAUAUCGAAUUGCCAACAUCCAAUUGGCGAGGGAUGCAGAGAAGAAUGAGGUAGUGGUGCGGCCAUAUCUGCGAAAGGAUCGGUGGUAUGCGUGGAGGCAGAGGACCAGGAAGUUUAAGGAGAAGAAGAUGGCUAGAGCGGCGGUUGGGGGUAAGAAGAGGGCCCAGCAGAGUAGUAAGGGGAAGAAGGGCAAGAAAUGA